AUGCAAGAGGGUGGUGUAACAGAGAAACGACCGCCCCUGGUGGCUGAUGAGGCCAAAAUUGAGAACAACUCCCAAAUUCCCCUAGCUUCGGGAAUCGACUUGGAAGUUCAGACACAAAGCGAAACUUUACCCCCAUAUAGUGUUCUCCCAAAUGGCGAAAAGGCUUUUGUGAUUGUGGCGGGCUCAUUUGCGGCUCUUAUUUCACCAUUUUCGAGCAGCAUCUACCUACCGGCACUUGACUCUCUCUCCAGGGAUAUGAAUGUCUCUGUUUCGCUCAUCAGCCUGACUAUUACAACCUAUCUGAUUUUCCAAGGACUUGCACCCUCAUUCAUCGGCAGCUUUUCAGACAUACAUGGUCGACGUCCCGCAUACAUCAUCUCAUUUGCAAUCUACCUCGGGGCAAAUGUUGGCCUUGCACUACAGAAUAACUUUGUCGCCCUGAUGAUUCUGCGUUGCAUCCAGUCAUCGGGCAGUAGUGGGACUGUUGCGCUGGGCAGCGCCGUCAUGGCCGAUCUUUCGACUCGUGCCGAGAGAGGAAAAUACAUUGGAUACGCUAGUAUUGGUAUCUCACUGGGACCGACACUGGGCCCUGUUAUAGGUGGACUUUUGGAUCAUUAUCUGGGAUGGCGGUCAAUAUUCUGGUUUCUGGUCAUUCUGUCGGGUGUUUGCUUCGCUGUGAUUCUUAUUAUGUUCCCUGAGACAUGUCGAGCUGUCGUGGGAAAUGGAUCUGUACCACCGGCUUCAUGGAAUCGUCCGUUUUGGGCAUUCUGUGUACGGCACUCUCGAUUUUCUGAUCAACAGGGAACCGCCGACUAUACUACCAUUCAGCAGCUGAAGCGGCGUCCCAACCCGAUCUCGGCUUUUCUGUUAGCCACACAAAAAGAGACAGGGUUGAUUCUCAUAUACGGUGCACUGUUAUAUGCAGGCUAUAUGGCCGUGAUCAGCACCCUAUCGACUCAAUUAACCAGUCGCUUUGGAUUCAACUCCAUCCAGGUCGGAUUGUGCUACCUUCCUAUGGGUAUAGGAAGCAUUAGCUCUCGCUGGAUAGUUGGUCGAUUAUUGGACUGGAACUUCCGCCGCGAAGCACGGCUUCAAGGUAUGAUCAUCCAGAAGAAUCGACAGCAAGAGAUUGAAAAAUUCAACAUCGAACGAGCCCGCCUAGCGAUAACGAUCCCGUUAAUAUAUCUGGCCAGUCUCUGUAUCAUAGCCUACGGCUGGGUGAUGCACUAUCGAACCGCUCUGGCUGGCCCUCUCGUGACGUUGUUCUUCACCGGCGUCACGACUACCAGUGCAUUCAACACACUGAACACGCUGGUUAUAGACAUCCAUUACCAAAGUGCUGCAACUGCAGCAGCAGCAAGUAAUCUCUUUCGUUGCUUGCUGGGUGCUGGGGCAACAGCAGUGGCAUCGCCUCUGAUCGGAGCAAUUGGGAUUGGGUGGACAGCAACGUUUAUUGCUAGUCUUUGGGCGCUUGGAAGUCCUGCUUUGUGGAUUGUCUUUCAUCGAGGAUAUCGCUGGAGGCAGGAAACUGCCAACAAAGAGAAACGGAAGCUUGACCAAGCCACUCCAUAA